UUAAAAAAUAUCUGACCGGCAUUUACAAGUUCUUCUAUUAAGCUUUUCUUUGCAUUUGCAAAAUUGCCAUUUUUCCAAAAUAGUAUUGUGAGGAAAACUACGGGAAAUUGCACGAAUAUGAACGUCGUCUUAGAAUAUAUGACGUCAACGGGAGCGUUGCGAAAUACGGCAAAUAUGGCGAAUAUCGCAAAUCCUUGGUUCCGCAUUUUUCCGCCGGAAGAAAUCGCUGAAGACCCCGAAUUUAUUGGUGAAAGUGGUGUAAAACAUAUGCCAGACAGAGGAGCUCCUGCAAUAGCAUAUUUUAUGCUCAUGUUUACAGUCAAUCUUAUGAAGAAGAUAGUCCAAGAAACAAACAGAUAUGCCCGAUCAUUUAUCAAAACCAACAUGCAAAGGAUCAACAGAUGUAGACAUUCACGUGUUCACCAAUGGAUUAAGACUGGACCGCUCACAAUUAAUGAGUUCAAAGGGUUUCUUGCCGCUAUUUACAAUAUGGGACUGAAUAAGAGACCGACACUACAGUGCUACUGGAAGAAAGGGAAACAAGAAUACAAGUGGUUUAGAAAGAUGUUUCCAAGAAAUAGGUUUCAAUUAAUUCUAAAAUUUUUACAUGUUGUUGAUAAUCGUAAAGUUUCAGGCAGAAAUGAUCCAACAUAUGACCCAUCAGCCAAGUUUAAGCCGAUUCUUGAUUCAUUGAACAUGCGAUCCAAAUAUCUUUAUACACCUGAAAGAAACCUAUCGAUUGAUGAGUCUUUGGUUGGGACACGUGCGCGCUCUGUAAUGACACAAUAUAUACCAACAAAAAGUCACAAAUUUGGCAUUAAACUUUGGAUGCUGAUAGAAUCUAUAUCCGGUUAUCUCGUACAUAGUACUGUUUAUAGAGGUCGUCGUUUCGAUCCUGUGCCUGAUGGGGAACUCCAAAGUAGUAUGGUUGUUAAAAGUCUACUGAACGUUAGUUGUUUAUUUGAUAAAGGAUACCACGUGUUUUGUGAUAGUUUCUUUUCUAGUCUAUCACUAGCAUCAGAACUACUUUUAAAUAGGACAUUUAUGACUGGAACUUUAAGAAGUAACCGACCAAUGCCACAAAGAAUAAAAAACCCAGAAUUACGUCCGGAUGAAUAUGUAUUUAUGAGAAGACAAGAAACAUUAUUAUGUGCAUACAGACAAAACAAACGGAAACCAGUUCGCCUAGUGUCUACAUUUUGCAAUGCACGAGUUACACCUCGUGGCAAACCAACCGCCAUAGAAAGUUACAGCAAAAAUAUGGGAGGAGUAGAUCGAAAUGACAUGUUCACAGCAUUCUACAACGAUGAAAGGAAAACCGUCAAAAUGUGGAAAAAAAUUAUGUUUAAUCUUUUUCAAAGAUUCAUGAUAAAUGCGUACAUUCUUUAUAAAAAAAACUCAAACAACCCUCGUCCACUAUCACGCCUCCAGUUCAUUCACGAGGUAAUUGAAAGUUUGUCAAUGGAACACAUGAGAGAUAGAUUUCCGGGUCAGUUAGAAAAUCGAAAGAAAGAACUUCGAAGAUUAUAG